UGCUAGAACAGUUAGGAUUGUUGGUCCUGGGUUCACAUAUCGACCCUAGCACAUGUCAUUUAUUUCAACACCUGGCACCUGUUAGUCCAGCUCGUCGUCAUAUUGUCUGACUAAGCACCACUGCCAACAGCUUUCCUCUGUCUAAACAUCCUUUUGAACGCUAUCCCUGAAAUCUGUUGUUUAAACUAUGACAAUAGAAAACUUUUACUUGACAGUUUGCUACAAUAUCCAAACAUGGUAACAUAUUGGACUUCCAGGCUGAGAAGGUCCUUCAGGAAAAGUGACCGCUGGCGUCCAUCAGGCGAUUUGAAUAACCAGGCAGAAGGUAACUCCCAUUGGAGAGUUAAAGGCCAACAUGAGUCAAACAUGGAAUUAAUUUACUAAGUAAAGCUUUCAGUUUGUUAUAAAAAAAAUGUUAAAAAAAUGAAAGAAAAAAGGAAAAGAAAAUCUCACGAGGGCUGACCUAAAUUCUAACUUCUGAAGUCACUAAAGACCAAGAAAUUUUUAACCACCAAGCCUCGUUUUGUAAUAAUAUGAAUAUGGAAGAACCCAAACAGGUGAAAAAAGUGAGAUUUUUAUAGGAUGAUGAGAUCGCGUAUGCUCAAAUUUGGAGAAUGAAUAUUUUUAAAUGAAGUAAAUAGUUAAAAUUUUAACUUUGCAAUGGGGUUAACCUUUAAGUGCGUGCAAGCUUCCGGCGCGGGCCAGCCAGCACUGGGUGUGGGAUGCUCUCGCCAGGCGGCGCCGCGGCGUGGCUGGCAACGCAGUGCACCAGACGGUGCUGCACGGCAAGUUUCCCUCUCGUGCUCCCUCCGUACACCAAAUCACUCGUUUUACACCAAAUGUGCUGGUUACUCGAGAGCUCAGCUGAUACAACACCAUCGAUCCCUGUACCAUGUAUCACACACAGGAUACCGUGAAACACAAGCCGCUUCUUGUCAUGGGGAUGCGGUGCUGUGAACGUGUUUGCGAUAUGAAUUGUCAUUAUUGAGAGGUUGCCGAGUCGAAAACUGAGGAGAGAGAGAGAAAGUAGCCAUUCACUGGGACCUGGGCUCUUGGGAUGGAGGAUGGAAGCGCAGCCCCAGUGGAGCUGAUCCUGGUGCAGAGCAGGGGCCUGGGUUUCUACCAAAAGCGUUUGUUCAUCUGUACGUGCUUCCUGCAAGCUUUGACCGUGUCGGCCCUCGUCUACGCCUCCCAAUGCCAUCUGGAUUUUGCUCCUCCCGCGCCACCUCUGGCCACCAAUGGAGAGUCGUCUGCGCGACCGAGAUGCGGUGAGAAGGAGACGGUGACGAAGGACCCUCCUCGUCCUUCGAAAUCGUCCGACAAAGCUUCUUUCCCGGCAGACCACGUUUCCGAUCGUCUGUUGAUUGUGUCGUCACCCACCACCUUGACAUUGAGCUUAAGUGAUGUUUCGACGGAAACUUUCGGGGAUGUAACCAGCUCCUUUGGCAGAAGGAUCAGGUCUAUCCGAACGGAAUGGGGGGAAACAUAUUCUACGGGCACUUUUGUGACACAGACUAGUCUCACAGACAGGUCACCUAGCAACAGCAAAGACAUCGAACCCUCUGCUGCUGGUCGGGACUCAACGGAGGCAUCUGCUCAAUCUUACACCGUCUUUCCUUCGCAAAAGUGGAAUGUCGAGUCAUGGACGACAAGUCGCUUUCGGCACGUUGAUGACGACGAUGUGUUUGGUGAGAAUUUACGUGAAGGAUUACGUGCUUCUUCCGCGACGCCACCGCACAGCUCUGUCGGCGCCAAUACCCAAACUCUCGUGUCUGCUGGUGCCACCCAGGCCAUCCCUCUUGCUGAUGUUGUAUCAACGGAACGUGCGGGAACGAACACGUCUCCCCGUGAUUUACCGGAAGCAGUCUCCGACACCGGCGGGGGCAGAAAGAACACAGUCUCGCGAGAGCCCACGACAACAUGCGCCGCCGACGUCGAGGAAAAAAGCCCGAUGUACUUUACUUUGACUUAUCUUCCAGUCGACGAGUGGCUGAGGGACAUUGAUCGCCAGAAGCUGGCCCAGUACAGUACCUACUGCCAGACGUUCGGAGCCAUGCUGGGUGCGGCGCUGGGAGCCAUGGGAGCGGACAUAGCAGGGAGGAGGAGACCACUGUACAUAUAUUUCCCUUUGAUGCUUAUAGCACAGGCUCUGUCGGGCUUCGCCAUCUCUUGGACCAUGCUGGCAGCAUCGCGAUUUCUGGUUGGUUUGUUUGCAGGAGCAUGCGCAGUAGUAAGCGUGGUGUUUCCGCUGGAGUUCGUGGGCCCCGAAGGGCGAGAUGUCUGUUUGUGUUCAGGGCUCUGGGUCGCCGGUGUUGUGUUUAUCUCCCUGGAACUUCUCAUUACACGACACUGGCGUUACCUUGCCUUUAUUUCCGGCGGCGUUGGCAUUCCCUUAAUUGGUACAUAUUUUGUUGCGUCCGAGAGCGCCCGCUGGCUGAUGUGCCAUCAGAGGUUCACAGAAGCCGAGAUGACGCUGAAGGAAAUCAUUUCUUGUAAUGCGUCCACCGUGCCGGACUUUCUGUCGCUGUUCGACAAGUCACGUGCCUGCGUGGUGACCAACAUGCACAACAAGCGGUACACGUUUCUUGACCUGUUUUACUCCCUGGAGACUACAAAGUGGACACUGGCACUUACGUACGCAUGUUUAGUGGCAUCGUCUGUCUACUUUUGUCUUCUUGCCAAGGUCAAAGACAUGACUGGCAACAUCUACGUCGACGUCUCAUUGCCGUUUGUCAUCGAUUUGCCAUUAGGCUGGUCUGCCGUCGUUGUGAACAGAUGCCUCGGCCGGCGGUGGUGUCUGUUUCUCUACGCCGUGGCGUCGGGGCUGGCGUUGAUGUCCGUGGUGGUGCUGCACUUUACAGGUAACCUGGCCCAGAUGCCCAGCAUGCUCACUGGCAUGGCCGUCUUCGGCAAGAUAGGCGUCACCGCCUCGCUCUGCCUCGUCUUCGUCAUUGCCGUGGAGAUGUACCCUACAGUCGUCAGGUGUAUGGGCGUCGGUGUAUGUGCUGUGGCGGUUACAGGCGGCUCUUUACUUGCUGAAACGUUUGUUUUUCUUGAGGCCUACCACUAUACCGUGCCUUUCGUCGUGUUUGGCGCCAUGAUGGCGAGUGUAGGUUUCGCAGGACUCCUGUUUCCAGAAACACUAUAUCGCCCUCUGCCAAACAUCCUGCCCUGCCGGCACCGGACCAUCCCUUUGCAGGAGGGCGUACGACUCGUCACCAAUCCCUGGGACGUCCUCUGACCUCAAGCUCAACAUCGAACUCGUGAACGUUCCCCUUGCUGGAGGUCUCUUGCGCUACCUGUAGGGAUAUUAGGAGAGAUGGAACAGAAUGUGUGUGUGUGUGUUCGUUCUUCAUCCUGUGACUAAGCAGUCAUCGUCAUCAGGACUUCUCUUACAGACAAUUCAACAACGACGUUGCUGAAGAUGAAUUGCCGCUCUUUGUAGUAUGUUGACCAUUUGACUAAUUUCCUAAUUAAAGCAUACAGGUUGGCGACUUUUUAAACCACAAGAUCUUUCAACAAAGCCAUUCUGAUACUCACCUGCAAGUUUUUAUCACUUCUAAACUGUUUUUUUUUUUUCACUGUGUAAAUCCAGUCACACCACCAGACUUAACAGUAGCGUUGAAGCACUUCUUCUUAUAUAUCCGUUAGUAAUCUGCUGAAAGAGUUUACAUUUAAGGCGCUAGGGGAAGACUGACGGUUACCGUCAUGCAGGAAGAAUCAGGAACAGAUGAACGUCUUGCCUUCUUUUGCCCUCCCCCACCUCCAAAAAUGGUAUAAAGGGUCUUAUAGCAAAUCAAGGAUGCCAGAAUAUAAAUGGCUGCUCUUUUUGUGGUGGUUCAUCAUGAGAUGUCAAAAGUUUUUCCGUCAUGUCGAAAAUAUUCUAGGUAUAAUGCUUUCAAAUAGCGACUUAACAAUCCCACAUUUUCUUUUCUUGCUACCUUUAUAUAUACAUAUAUGAGCCUACAUUUCUAAGUUUUUUGUCACCUUAAAAGAUUGCACAUUCUAGCUCGACAUGAAUAUGGGCGUUCUAGUUUUCAAGUUCUUUUAAAUCUGCACUAUAUCUUGUAUGUCACCUAUCUUGUAUUGCUCUUUUCCUUGUCGGUCAUCCAUCAUUCCUGUGUCAUGUUUCAAAGCCAUAGUGUGUUCUUUUGGGGGAUUCUAUUUUUUGUUUUGCUCUUUGUCUGCUGCUCUUUCCACAAAAUAUUGAUGCUGCUGUGUUAAUUUCUAAUACUACAGUAUAACAAAAAUUUGGAAAAUACAUGACAAAAUAUUUCAAGAUAAUAUUUCUGGAGCUCUUCCUUACACACAUCAACAGAGCUUCAAUAGUUGUGAUUGAAGUCAAUUAACUAGUUCAUCUGCUCUUCUGUCUCUGCAGAUUUAUGGCACUUCCUUUUCAUUGUUUGUUCCCCGAUUCCUCUUUGUGACAUGUUUCUGUCUUUUAUUACUUAUUUGCUUAGUUGUUUCUCCCUCCGUCGUCUUUCGUAUUCUGUCCAUGUCUUCUACUGAGAGCAUAUGUUCCUCCAUGAGCGUGAUUAUGUGCUAUGUAAAUCAUAGAUGAUGAUGAUGAUGAGGAGGAUUAUUAUUAUAGACUGAGCUUUUACCUAUACACCAGCGAUUCUCUCGAUAUCAUUUUUGGGGGGAUGGGGUGAAUCUCUAGCCAUUUUUCCUUCAUUUAAAACGAAUUUGUCAAGAAAUGAAGCUGAAUAGAAAAUGCCAACCAGUCACAUAAUAUUUAUCUGAAACCGUAGUGGAAUGCUGGUACUUGAAGACAUGUCAGCAGUAUAUAUAUACUGUAUAUGUACGAGUUGUGUCUGAAAAGUAACGGCACUGGUGUGACAAUUUAACUCCAAACAACAGACUACAUGGUUUUCCCUUCGAAGUAAUCCCCCAUCGGGUCUAAUGUAUUUUUAGAUUUUCUCUGCCAUGCUUCAAUGCACUGCGGGAAGGAUUCACCAGGGAUACCCCUUCACGGCCCUCUUGAUGGCCUCCACGCCUCAAACGGGUUCCCUUGAUGAUAGCCUUGAGUUUGGGAAGAAGAAAAGUAACAUGGAACAAGAUCAGGUGAAUAGGGAGCAUGGACCUUUAUAAAUUUUGUUGUGCAUAAUGUAUAUUUACAUCAGCAUCACAAAACUGCUGUAUUUCAUGUUAAUUUUAAGGUUGUUUAUAGCGUAAGAGGAAAAUGUCAAGAUGAUCGGGAUUUCAAGUAUAUUCUUUGAACUUCCUUAUGCCUCUGUAAACUGGUGAAACCGAAAUAUGCCUGCAAGUAUGCCAGAUUUUCCCCUAGAUAAUGUACCAGCAUUGUAGGCCGUUAUAUUUUUGCUACUGGCCUUCUGAUAGUUAUAGUCUUCUCACUGUAUUUCAUCAUAUUUACCAUCCAUUGACAUCAAUGAGGACCACGAUGAUUAAACAGUCCGUUACUAUCAUUUUCACAGAAGCGCUUGUGUGAGUGAUGUACCAAAUCGACGUUUGAUAAGAUCUUACUCUACAUUUGUUAACAAAAGGCAUCUGAUGAUUUUUGUUGUUCAUUUCAAUUACCAAUCUGCACAACACUUUCUAUACAUUGAACAUGCUAUUACUAUAUAAAACCUUACAUACUGUUAAAGCAAUACAAACUGUCAUCUUCCAUUGAGCUGCUGCAUUGAUAACCAUGUUUUAAAAACUGUUGAGCUGGUUUAGGCUUUGCAGGUAACCAGUACUCCAGGAAAUCCGCUAAGCACAAGGUCGAAAUAAGAGAUGUGCCAUAAAAUAUUGUCGCAUUGACAGAAGACUAUGUAUUACUAGUUACUUGCAUUGUUACUAAAUUGUUCAUAUUAUGGCGCUAAAUGACGCAAGCAUCAGUUUAUUAAACUGUCACUCAGAACUCCA